CCUUGAACUUGUAUUUUACCAGACCGGUGCAGUUGAAAAUAUCAAGUCAGCAACAGAAAAAGACGGAGUACUACACUUAGUAAUAAUUAUGGCAAUGCAAAAUUAUGUUUACAAGUCACUAUUUAAAGUUGUGUCCAAUACUGUAAUAAGAUCAAGUUCAUGCUGGGCAAAUGUGGAACUUGGUCCACCAGAUGCCAUCCUUGGUAUCACAGAAGCAUUCAAGCGUGACACCAAUCCGAAAAAGAUUAACCUGGGUGUGGGUGCCUACAGAGAUGACAAUGGAAAACCGUUUGUGUUGCCAACUGUAAGGAAGGCUGAUCGAAUGCUUGUUGAGGAAAAUCUCGACAAGGAGUAUGCGUCUAUCAGUGGUAUAGCCGAUUUCUGCAAAGCAUCAGCUGCACUGGCCUUUGGAGAUGAUAGCAGUGUCCUAAAAAACAAAUUGAAUGCAACUGUUCAAGGCAUUUCAGGAACUGGGUCUCUGAGAAUUGGAGCAGCUUUUUUUGCCAAGUUCUACGGACCAAACAAAGUUUUCUACAUCCCAACACCAACCUGGGGAAAUCAUACACCCAUUUUCAAGCAUUCUGGUCUUGAUGUCAAAACAUACAGAUACUUCGACCCUAAGACCAAUGGUUUUGAUUUCAAUGGAGCUUGCGAGGAUUUGAAGAACAUGCCAGAUCAGUCAGUUGUAGUUCUUCAUGCUUGUGCACACAAUCCAACAGGAGUGGAUCCGCAGCCCGAACAGUGGAAGGAAAUUAGCAGCAUAAUGAAGGCGAAGAAACACUUCCCAUUCUUUGACAUGGCGUACCAGGGCUUCGCCAGCGGAGACUGUACGAAAGACGCGUACGCUAUACGACACUUCCACGAGGCUGGCCACCCGCUGGCUCUGUGUCAGUCAUUUGCCAAGAACAUGGGACUGUAUGGUGAACGAGCGGGUGCGUUCACUCUGGUGUGUUCGUCAGCCGAGGAGGCGGAGCGUGUGAUGUCACAGAUAAAGAUCAUCGUCCGACCGAUGUACUCCAACCCACCCAUCCACGGUGCGAGAAUUGUCUCCAAGAUACUCAACACUCCAGGGUUGAAACAAGAAUGGCUGAAGGACGUUAAGGGGAUGGCGGAUCGUAUAAUCGGCAUGCGAACCCAGCUCGUUGACGGCCUCAAGCAGGAGGGCUCGUCUCACAACUGGCAACACAUCACCGACCAGAUCGGAAUGUUCUGCUUCACCGGACUGAAGCAAAACCAGGUUGAACGAUUGAUAAAGGAAUUCUCGAUCUACCUGACUAAGGAUGGUAGAAUAUCAGUUGCUGGGGUGACAUCGGGAAACGUCAAAUACCUGGCCAAUGCCAUUCACCAGGUCACCAAAUAAACAACAGUUUUACAUUCAACAACAGGAGGAAACUGGUCUGUGAUGUUAGUGUGUGUUUGUCAUCACCAUGGUUACAUGGUUAUCUCGUCGUCAUACUCAGUGGCGUGAUGUUAAGUUUAUUGUUGGUAUCACUGCAACGUCUCCCCUUUUUUCAAUGAGUCUCGGUCUCAAUCACUCAAGUGCAUAGCGCUAGUAACUUGCCUGUAUAAAGUACGAUUUAUAAAAUAUAUAUAGAACUGGACUUUUUUCUCCACAACUUAUCUAGUAGUUAUACGUAACAAUAUACAUUUAGAACCGCUGUAUACAUGUAGUUAGUUUGGGGUUUUUGUUGUUGAAGAACUUUGUAUGAGUUUUGCUUCUAGUAAUGUCAUUCAGGUAGAUUUCUGAAUGUCUUCCUAGGUAUAAAAGGUGAUUAAAUUGCCGUAUGAAUUUUUGUAUAGUAGCUUUUUUAAUAUUUGCGGAGUAUAAAAUGUAUUUAAAAGGUGAUUAAAAUUGUCUUAUGAAU